CGAAUCGGCCAACUACCAUUCAAAACCCUUCUCUACGAAGCAUACGACCUUCUGCCCACCCACAGAUCUCUAGCCAAACAUAUUUGUGAGGACGCAAUCGACACAAAAACUGAAAAUAAUCGAUCAGAACCCUAGAGAGAGAGAGAGAGAGAGAGAGAGAGGGAUGAAGGUAAAUACAUAUUUGAGUGUUGUAGUGGUUUUGCUCUCCGUUUUCUGUGAAUUGGGGCUUUGCAGAGAGGACCCUUUCAUAAGGAUGAACACCCCCGGAGGAAUUCACGAUUGCAAGGGGUUUCAGAACAGCGCUGAGAUCGUGAGCAUCGGUCAGUUCGCCGUCCAAGAACACAACAAGAAAGAGAAUACUCUUCUCGAGUUUGCAAGAGUGGUGAAAGCCAAGGAACAGGUAGUUGCUGGGAAGAUGUAUCAUCUUACCUUGGAGGCAAUUGAUGCUGGAAAGAAACAGAUAUAUGAAGCUAAAGUUUGGGUGAAGCCGUGGAUGAACUUUAAGCAGUUGCAGGAAUUCAAACCUACCCAUGAUGCCUCUUCUUCAUUCACUUCCACUGGGCUUGGUGGGAAGCGAGGUAAUUGAAGAUCGUCUGAAAUCCUCUCUGCUUCAUAAGCUUAGGAGCGGAUGUAACAAAGGGGAGUUGAAUGCAGUUGCAAAUAAGACCUUUGAAGGAAUAAUUUUUUCUUUUUCUGAACCAAAUGGAACAAUAUUACUUCUAAACAUAUUAACCUGGCUUUUAUGUUGAAUAUGUGUUUGUAAAUACAACCUAGUUUCUAAGAAGCCUGUACAGUGCUGCCAUGCUUUUACUGCAAUAUCGAACGAUACAGCUAAUGUUUGGCAGUUAUUGUGCAAGUUGUAAAUUUGUGACGCUGUACCACUUUCACUCUAUUAUAUACAUUACACCUUUCUAUGCUGUUA